AUGGCGGUUUCCGGCGAUUCUAAGCUGCAGCGGACGGUGGUGACGAGCUCAACGUGGUCUCGAGGCGCGGUGGCUCCGGUGGCAACUCAGGUUAUGUCGUGUCUCCAUCAUGUUGGGGAGAAAACUGCUAUUGAGGGUUCUGCUGCCAAUCAGAAGCUCAUCGAAGAUCUAACCCGUCAGUGUCAGCAGGAGAAGGACAAGGCCCUCGCAUUGGAGAAAGAGGUCAAACGCCUUAAGGGGAAUGUGGAGCAGGAUGGCAUGCUAGCACGAGCGGAUAUCUCCUCCCUGCAGAGAGAAAAAGACCAGUUGCAUGAGGAAGUUGUCCAACUGAAAAUAGCUGCAGAGACUUUUCCGAAGGAGAUGGAGAUGGCAGUCAAUGGUGCAAAGAUCGUUGCUCGCUGGGAGCUCAUGCGAGAGUGGCUUAAGCAGCAAACAAAUAGUUGGAAGCCGGCGGCGGAAUUCAGGCAAUACCGAAUUUUCAUGGAGACUGAGGCAGAGCUCAAGAAUUUACCUCCUCCUUCUUUCGAUGAUGAGCCGGAGAUCCCUGAUGAGUCCCUAGACCAGGGGGACGCCGCAUACAUGGAGGUUGACCCAACGGCCAAGACCAACAACCCUCCUGCUUGACUUUUUGCUAUGUUCCGCCUGCUAUGCAUAUCUCUUUCUUUUUUUUAAUAAUUUUUUGACUUUGGAUGUUUUCCUCAUUGAGCUUUAGAAACUCUUUUUUUUUUGUAUGGCUUUUUGAAGUUUUCAUGUUGUGAAAAAACUCUGAUUUCUGUCGGUAAACCGUUGACAGUUUUUUUAGCUCAUGUGAUGGAAUGAUUCUAUCCGGCCUUUCGGGUUGAAGCAAUCACCAGUUUUAUCGAUCGGUACUGAAAAACGUGAUUCACUCAUCAGCAUGAUUGUUUCCUCAACUCCGUUUGGUGCGGAUCAGCAAGAAGAAGAAGAAGAAGAUUAACGGCGAAAAGCAUAACAAGCCU